AUGAAGCAAUUACAAUCAUUGGUUAUAGAUAACGGGUCGUAUAAUAUAAAAGCGGGAUUUAAUAAAGGAGAUGACUCUACACCUGUCAAGAUAACAAAUGCUAUAACUAAAACUAAAGAUGGAUCUAUACACAUUGGGAAUCAGUAUCAAUCACACACAAACAAUUAUUCAGGAAUACAGAUCAGAAGACCAUUUGAACAAGGGAAUUUAACAUCUUGGGAAACUGAAAAGCCUAUAUGGGAUUAUACUUUUGAUAAUUUAUCAACUAAGAAAUCCAUUGAUCCUAAUGAUAUCCAUUUGAUUUUAACCGAACAACCAUUCCAACUACCUCAAUUAUCAACAAAUACUGAUCAGAUCAUAUUUGAAGAAUAUGGGUUUAAUAAUUAUUAUAGAUGUAUUCCUGAAAGUUUAAUACCAUUUAGUGUUGAUAUCAAUAAAGUGAAUAAUGAUUUUUGUUUAAUUGUUGAUAGUGGGUUUAAUUCUACUUGGAUAAUUCCUAUGAUUUAUCAACAGAUACAUUGGCCAGGAGUUAAAAAACUACCGAUUGGUGGAAGUUUAUUGAAUGGAUUAUUACGAGAAAUUAUUCUGUUUAGACAUUAUGACAUAUCAGAAGAUCCAAUAUUGAUAAAUACUAUCAAAGAAUCAACAUGUUUUAUGGCUAAUGAUUUUAAUAAAGAUUUGAAGAAUAAACAAAAUUUAAUGUGUGAAUUUGUAUUACCUGAUUUUAAAACAACCACAACUGGGUUUGUCAGAGAUAAGAAUAGCCCGAGUCUUCCAGUAGACACUCAAGUAUUGAAAUUAUAUGAUGAGAGAUUUACUAUCCCAGAAUGUUAUUAUCGACCAGAGAUAAUCUUUGACAACAAUGGAGUAAGUGCAUCGAGUUCUUUAGUUAACAAUGCUCCAUUUAAGAAUUUACCAGAUUUAAUAGUUGACAGUAUAAUGGCAAGUCCAGAAAUAACACGUCCUUUACUUCUGGCAAAUAUUUGUCUCGCAGGAGGAUCAACAAACAUACCUAAUUUCAGCACCAGACUAAAUGAUGAACUAAGAAAAGAGUUACCUUCAAAUUGGAAAGUUAGAGUUUUUGAUAACCAAUUAGAUAUCCCACAAGAUGAACUAGCAUGGUAUGGAGGAAUUAGUUUAUCUGAAGAACCUGACUUACUAUCAAAUAUAAGCAUCUCCAAAAAGGAUUAUUUCGAACAUGGAGCCAACUGGUGUCAAAAACAAUUUGGAUUCAAAAAUGUAUAA